AUGGAUAAACCAGACGUUUUGGCGCGUGUCAGCAAGGUCCUGGGACGCACUGGGUCGCAGGGGCAAUGCACCCAGGUGAAGGUCGAUGUUCUGGGUGAGCAGAACCGACAAAUUAUCAGAAACGUGAAGGGGCCGGUACGAGAGGGCGACGUCUUAAUCUUGCGCGAGUCCGAGCGCGAGGCGAGAAGAUUCCGUUAA